UUCCCGUAAUCGUCGUGCGACCGUUGCACACCAUGUUUGCGCAAAUGAGCAUGGCCAUACACAACGCAACGCAUGCCUUGCCGACGACGAAAAGCGAACUGUACAUUUACGCUUUUAUCGUGUUUUCCGUCGUGCUGUGGUGCCGCAUGCGAUGGCAGUAUAGACAAUUUUAUCGUCUCGCUAAUAAGAUUAAGGGUCCGCCAUCGUAUCCGUUAAAAGGAUCGAUUUUUGAUCUGAGCACUACCCCCGAAAAGAUUAUGUACAAUUUUAAAGAAUCGGCUGAAAAAUACAACUACGAACCGGUAAAAUUGUGGGUAGGCCCAUUUCUUUUUGUCGGAGUAUAUAAGCCAGAAGAUGUGCAAAUAGUUUUAAACAGUUCUAAAGCCUUAGAAAAAGGCAUUAUUUACCACAUCAUAAGACAUGCAGUCGGUGAAGGUGUAUUUACUGCUCCGAUGGGCAAAUGGAAAAAGCACCGUCGUGUGAUAGCCUCGAUAUUCAGUUCAAAGUUCUUGGAUCAAUUGUACCCGAUAUUUAACGAGAACAACAAAAAGCUAGUUGAAAACAUUUCCAAGCACGUGGGCGAGACACAACCGUUUGACAUUUGGGAUUACAUAAUAUCGUGUAAUCUCAAUAACGUAAGCCAAGCCGCGAUGGGCUACAACCUCAACGAUCAACGGACCUUAUCGGAAUUCGUCCUCGCCAUGAAGAAAGUUUCAGAAUUGAGCAAGUGCAUUGUGAAACCAUGGUUGUACAUCGAUCAGAUUUUCGCGGUUUACACGUAUUUGACUGGUUUAAACGUGUAUAUGAGUCAAUUGAACAGGGUCUCGUUACAGAUAAUAAGGGAUAAGAAAUUGGAAUUCAAAUCAACUAAAUCGCAACAAUCUACAAAUAAGUCUCACGAAGUUGCUCCGGAAGAAAGUAAUAAGAAUUCGACAAAAGUGUUCUUAGAUAAGUUGCUUAAAUUGAAUGACGAAGGUGCUGAUUUUACGGACGAAGAUCUCAAGGAUGAGGUUAUAACAAUGACAGUCGCGGGCAGCGAUACUAGUGCCAUUAGUGAAUGCUUUUGUAUUUUGUUACUAGCAAUACAUCAAGAUAUCCAGGAUAAAGUUUACGAUGAGAUUUACAGUGUCUUAGGAGACAGUGAUCGCGAAGUUAUUCCCGAAGAUAUAUUUAGAUUUAAAUAUUUGGAAAUGGUAUUAAAAGAAAGCCUCAGGUUGUUUCCUCCCGGUGCAAUUUUUUCUAGAAAAAUUAACGAAAACGUAAAGCUCACGAACUUUGAACUGCCAAAGGGUUCCAACGUGUUCGUGUCACCGUACGUCACACACCGUUGCCCGCAGCUGUAUCCUGAUCCCGACACGUUCAAUCCGGAAAACUUCAGUCCCGAGAACGAAACGAAUCGGCACAAGUUUAGUUUUUUGGCGUUCAGCGGCGGUCCUAGGGGUUGUCUAGGUGUCAAGUACGCUAUGAUCUCCAUGAAAUUAAUGAUGGUGGCGGUUUUGCGCCGGUACAGCGUGCACACAGAGUGCAAAAUGUCGGAGAUCAAAAUGCAGAUCGAUUUGCUGGCGAAAAAAGCCGAUGGCUACCCAAUCACGAUCCGGCCUAGGAAGAGAACGCAAGACCGGACCUUUAUUUGAGAAAAAAACACACAAAUGUAAUAUUACUAUUAUCGUUUUCACUAAAAAAAAAAAAUAAUAAUAAAAAAAAAAAGAACAACACAUUUAUCUGUAUUAUACGUAUGAUUGUUUCUUGAAAUAUAUAUAACAUUGUUAUAGAUAGAAUGUAUGAUUGAAAUUACAGGGCAGAUAGAAUAUUAUUUCUCGAUUUGAAGCACCUUUGCGCGGUCGUUUGAGUUGAAAUUAUAUUAAGUAUUCAAAACGCCUCGUUGUCAACGGGUUUCCAAUAGUUUUUUUUUCUCAACACAUUUAUACAUUGAGCAUAUUAUUAUCAUAAUAACAAGACACGAAAAAAUAUAAGAAGGAACUUUAAUACAUCGAGUUAAUCAAGGAAAAAAAAUGCAACUCUGUAAGCCUAAAUUUAAAACACAUUUUUAUAAUACCUUAUGUUUAGGACACCAGUGUCAUAAAUUUGUAAACACUUUGACGACAAAAUACAUUUUUUUGGUAAAGUUUUUCAUUGCUUAUCAUGUUAUUUAUCAAAAAUGAAAAAAAACAUAGCCAAGUGGAUACCGAUUUACUGUAUAUUAGGUAUCGAGUGGGUCACUAUUAUAAGUAGAUAUGUAAAAUUUGAAUUUGAUGGUAUAUAAUUAAAUAUUUUUAUCGCGUAGUAAUAUGAAAAACGAUUCUAAGCUUAG